AUGGCAUCCAAUCUGCCAGCCCAGCCAAAUCUCCGAGUCACGAUUAUCGCUGCAGAUGGUCUAUACAAGCGCGAUCUCUUGCGUUUCCCCGAUCCCUUCGCGGUGGCUACCGUGGGCGGCGAGCAAACUCAUACGACCUCUGUGAUUAAGAAGACCUUGAACCCAUACUGGAAUGAGCCCUUCGAUCUGCGAGUCAACGAAGACAGUAUUCUCGCGAUUCAGAUCUUCGACCAAAAGAAGUUCAAGAAGAAGGAUCAGGGUUUCUUGGGUGUGAUCAAUGUGCGCAUCGGCGAUGUCAUCGAUCUUCAGAUGGGAGGUGAUGAGAUGCUUACUCGGGACCUCAAAAAAUCAAAUGACAACCUCGUCGUCCAUGGAAAACUAAUCAUCAACUUGUCGACUAACCUCACCGCCACCACCCAAAACCAGGGCAACGGCCUUCAACGUCAGCAGGCACAGUCUUCCACCUCCAGCGGUCUCGUACCCCAGGUCCCAGCUUCGAGUUCCACACCACAGGCCGGCCCCAGCCAUAUCGAUACACCUCCAGCUGCGUCCAGCUCAUCGCUCAACAAUCGGGCUUCCGCAACUCAACCCCCGCCCGGUCCUCCAAACGGGGCCGCCCCGCCUGGCGCCAAUGCUCCCUCGCGUGCCAACUUGAGUUCAUUCGAGGACAGCCAGGGUCGACUACCUGCAGGAUGGGAACGCCGAGAAGAUAAUUUGGGACGGACGUACUACGUGGACCAUAAUACGCGCACCACGACCUGGUCGCGGCCAUCCGCCAACUACAACGAACAUACCCAGCGCAGCCAGCGUGAGGCGAAUAUGCAAUUGGAGCGUCGCGCUCACCAAAGCAGAAUGCUCCCCGAGGACCGUACUGGCGCGAACUCCCCCAACUUGCCCGAUGGCCAACAGCCUGCUACGCCACCACCUGGCGCCGCGGCCCCCUCCCCUACCGCAUCUGGUGGUGCCGCCGGUGGAGCAGGCUCUCAUGCCAAUGCAGUCUCCAUGAUGGCUACGGGAGCAACCACUGCAGGCACUGGAGAGCUUCCGCCAGGAUGGGAGCAAAGGCAAACUCCGGAAGGACGAGCAUACUUUGUUGAUCAUAAUACGCGAACCACGACCUGGGUUGAUCCUCGCCGACAGCAGUACAUCCGCAUGUAUGGACAAAACCAGAACCAAGGCGGAAACAACACUACUAUUCAGCAACAGCCCGUGUCUCAACUCGGACCCUUACCGAGCGGCUGGGAAAUGCGUCUCACCAAUACUGCUCGAGUCUACUUCGUGGAUCACAACACCAAGACGACUACUUGGGACGAUCCCCGACUGCCUUCAUCACUGGAUCAGGGUGUUCCCCAGUACAAGCGUGACUUCCGUCGCAAGUUGAUCUACUUCCGCUCGCAACCUGCCCUGCGGAUUAUGUCCGGACAGUGCCAUGUCAAGGUUCGCCGUAAUAAUAUCUUUGAGGAUUCGUACGCCGAGAUUAUGCGUCAGAGCGCCUCCGACCUCAAGAAGCGGUUGAUGAUCAAGUUUGACGGUGAAGACGGUCUCGACUAUGGUGGUCUUUCUCGUGAAUUCUUCUUCCUCCUUUCCCACGAAAUGUUCAAUCCCUUCUACUGUCUCUUCGAAUAUUCCGCUCAUGACAAUUAUACCCUGCAAAUUAAUCCCCACUCUGGCGUCAACCCUGAGCAUCUGAACUACUUCAAGUUCAUCGGCCGAGUAGUCGGUUUGGCGAUUUUCCAUCGUCGUUUCCUGGACUCGUUCUUCAUUGGUGCCUUCUACAAGAUGAUGUUGCGGAAAAAGGUGACGCUGCAAGACAUGGAGGGUGUCGAUGAGGAUUUGCAUCGCAACUUGGCCUGGACCUUGGAUAAUGACAUUGAGGGAAUUGUUGAACUCACAUUCUCCGUGGAUGAUGAGAAGUUUGGAGAGCGUCGGACUAUUGAUUUGAUACCCGGUGGUCGGGACAUCCCCGUCACCAACGAGAACAAGCCGCAGUAUAUCGAGCUAGUGACGGAGUGGAAGAUCAUGAAGCGGGUUGAGGAGCAGUUCAAUGCAUUCAUGUCUGGAUUCAACGAGUUGAUCCCGGCUGACCUUGUCAACGUUUUCGACGAGCGUGAGCUGGAGCUGCUCAUCGGUGGUAUUGCCGAUAUCGAUGUCGAUGACUGGAAGAAGCACACCGACUACCGCGGUUACCAGGAGCAGGAUGAGGUUAUCCAGAACUUCUGGAAGAUUGUUCGCAGCUGGGAUGCCGAGCAGAAGUCGCGUCUGCUCCAGUUCACGACUGGUACCUCGCGUAUCCCCGUCAACGGCUUCAAGGAUCUGCAGGGUUCGGAUGGACCCAGACGGUUCACCAUCGAGAAGUCUGGUGACCCCGCGGCUCUGCCCAAGUCUCACACUUGCUUUAACCGUCUCGAUCUGCCUCCGUACAAGACUCACGAGACCCUGGAGCACAAGAUGUCCAUUGCUGUGGAAGAGACGCUCGGAUUCGGACAGGAAUAG